AUGGCGAGCUCUCCGUUGAGCAUGUUAUAUUCCACUAAGGAGGGGGUGUUUACCAGUGUUGUGGUGAUCAUCAUUCUUUCCAUUGCAAAGAGCAUUAUUACUUCCCGAUACUUUCACCCUCUAUCACAAUUCCCUGGCCCCUUUAUUGCCAGUUUCUCUAGACUCUGGAUUGUCUACUGGAAUCUUCUUGGUGUGGAAUAUCUUAAGGAAUAUGAUCUGCAUAAGAAAUAUGGCCCCGUUAUCAGAAUCACACCCACGAUGUUACUCGUCAGCGACCCCAAGAUGCUUCCUGAGAUCUAUCACCGAAGGGCAGACAAGGCCGAUCACUACGUAACAGGGUCCUUUGGAAAAACCCCUAGCGUCUUCAACAUCCAACCUCAUGAGGUCCAUGCUGCUGCGAGAAAGAGAAUUGCGCAACCGUAUAGCAUGACUGCAGUUAAGCCCAUGGAAGGUCUCAUUGAUGCCCGCAUCGUCGAGUGGACCGACAAGCUGGAGAACGACUUUGUCAAGACAGGGAAGAAGUUUGACUUUGCUCCUUGGGUUACCUACUUUGCAUACGACGUUAUUUCUGAAGUUGCCUUUGGAAAGUCUCUUGGUUUCGUUACUAAGGGUAUUGAUAUCGACGGUCUCAUCCAGUCCUUCCACGAUGGUCUUCCUGCAUUCGGUUUCCUGUGUCGUCUCCACCCGUUCACAAAAUGGAUCAAAGAGACCUGGGUAGCAGAUGCCUACAUGAUUCCCAAGCCCGGUGACAACACCGGUAUCGGAAACAUCAUGACCUUCCGUGACAAUCUCCUCGAAGAGCGUAUCAAGAAUAACAACGACCCUGACCACAAGGUUGAGUACAAGGAUCUCCUCCAGAACUUCCUCGCUGCAAAGAACAACGAUGGUAGCCCAAUGCCCAUUGAAGACAUCAAAGCCGAGACCCUCCUUGUGCUCCUCGCUGGCUCUGACACCACCGCAACUUCCGUCCAAGCCCUCAUGGUCGACCUCCUCAGCAACCCCCGCUGCCUCGAGAAGCUCAUCGCCGAGAUUUCCGAGAAGGACGCCGCUGGCCUGCUUUCACCUGUCCCAAAAUACGACGAAGUCCUCGAGCACCUACCCUACUAUUGCGCCUGUCUCCGUGAGGCCAUGAGGAUGACCCCUGCCGCACCAAACAUCUUCCCCAGAGUCGUAUCCCAGGGUGGUCUCAACCUUUAUGGAAAGCACGUGCCAGCCGGUUUCGAGGUUACUGAGAACCCGUGGAUUUCGCAGAGAGACAAGACCGUAUACGGCGAGGACUCCGAGAUUUUCAGGCCCGAGAGAUGGCUCGAGGACCCGAAGAAGGCACAGGAAAUGGAUAAGUACGACUUCACAUGGGGAUUCGGCACCCGCGUCUGCUUGGGGAAGAAUAUUGCGUUGAUGGAGCUCCAUAAGGCGCCUGUGCAGUUUUUCCGUCUUUUUACCCCGGAGCUCGUUAACAAGGAGAAGCCGAGUACAUACGUCGUUGCUGGCGGUGUGUCCUUCCACAAGGACCUGUGGCUAAACAUCAAGAAGAGACAAGUUUAG